AUGAACUCAACUACCCCAUCCACAAAAGCCGAAUCUUUAAUCACUGCACUCGAACAGUAUGGUCAAGGCGACUACAUCGGCGAAUCGAUCAGUCAGCUAGAACACUGUUUACAGGCAGCAGACCAGGCCCGUCAAUCAGGGGCCAGAGAUGAGUUAGUUAUUGCGGCCUUAUUGCAUGACAUCGGCCAGAUCAUUCCCCUGGAGUCUACCAAGGAGGUUCGCAUGAACAUCCGGGAAAGCAAAGAAAACGUCGGCCGUGUAGGCCACGAAGCUAUCGGAGCCGCCUAUCUCCAGUCUUUGGGAUUCAGCGAUACAGUGUGCCGGCUAGUCAAUAGCCAUGUUGCUGCGAAACGGUAUCUCACGGCGGUAGAUCGCGAGUACUAUGAUUCUUUGUCUUCUGCCUCGCAGAAGUCAUUGGCCUUUCAAGGUGGGCCAUUCAAAGGAGACGAGUUGCAAGCGUUUGAGAAGGAUCCAUUGCGGGAUGAAAUGGUCUCGCUACGUUUGUGGGAUGAUAAGGCCAAGUUGGUGGGAGUCGAGGCUACCACGCCGCGUGCACGAACCUAUUUGGAUAUGAUUGUCUGUCAUCUAUCUUACUAG